AAUAUACUUGAAAUCACUCUAUUGAAGAACAAAAUUGAGUUCUUCAAAAUACACACAAAUUAUUAGACAGAAAAAAAAAUUUAAAAAUAUGGAUCCUUGGGCUAGGGUUUUGAUCCUCAUUGCGUGUUUGUUUCCUGUGUUGGUAGAAUGCAGAGUUCGCCAUUACAAAUUUAAUGUGGUAAUGAAAAAUACGACUCGAUUAUGCUCUACAAAACCCAUUGUAACGGUCAACGGUAAAUUUCCGGGUCCCACCAUUUAUGCAAGGGAAGACGACACAUUGCUAAUCAAGGUUGUCAAUCACGUCAAGUACAAUGUCUCGAUCCAUUGGCACGGAAUUCGACAACUCCGAACCGGGUGGGCUGAUGGACCCGCAUACAUCACACAAUGCCCUAUUCAGCCGGGACAGAGCUAUGUUUAUAAUUAUACAAUCACAGGUCAGAGGGGUACACUCUUCUGGCACGCGCAUAUUCUCUGGUUGAGGGCCACACUGCACGGCGCAAUCGUCAUCCUGCCCAAGCGUGGGGUUCCUUUCCCUUUUCCGAAACCCGACCACGAAAGAGUCAUAAUCUUAGGUGAAUGGUGGAAAUCGGACACCGAAGCUGUCAUCAACGAGGCUAUAAAGUCCGGCUUGGCGCCCAACGUUUCCGAUGCUCACACGAUCAACGGCCAUCCGGGGCCGGUCCCUAAUUGUUCUUCCACGGACAGCUACACACUCGGCGUCGCCGCCGGCAAAACCUACCUCCUCCGCCUCAUCAACGCCGCCCUGAACGAGGAACUCUUCUUCACCAUCGCCGGCCACAAACUCACGGUGGUCGAGGUCGACGCCACCUACGUCAAGCCCUUCCACACCGACACCAUCCUCGUCGCCCCCGGCCAGACCACCUCCGCCGUCCUCACCGCCGGCCGGACCUCCGGCCGCUACACCGUGGCAGCCUCCCCGUUCAUGGACACCCCCAUUGUGGCCAUCGACAAAGUCCCCGCCACCGCCACUCUCCACUACACCGGCACCCUCUCGUCGGCCGCCGCCCCCGUCGCCGCCACCCUCCCGCCGGCGAACUCCACCGCCGUCGCCGGAGCCUUCACGGACUCCCUCCGGAGCCUCGACUCGGACCAAUACCCCGCGCGGGUCCCGAGGUCUCCGGUCGACCGAUCCUUACUCUUCACCGUCGGGCUCGGAAUCGACCCGUGCCCGUCGUGCAAACCGGCCAACGGAAGUCGAGUCGUUGCUUCGGUCAACAACGUGACGUUCGUGAUGCCGAAAAUCGCGCUCCUCCAAGCGCACUUUUUCGGGGUCAAAGGGGUUUUCACGACGGACUUUCCGGGAAGCCCGCCCGACCCGUUUAACUACACUGGAGCACCACCGGCGAAUAUGGGUACGGUUAAAGGUACGAAGCUUUACCGGUUGCCGUACAAUGCCACGGUUCAAGUUGUAUUGCAGGACACUGGGAUUAUUGCGCCGGAAAACCACCCGAUUCAUCUGCAUGGGUUCAAUUUUUUUGUGGUCGGGAGAGGAUCGGGUAAUUUCGACCCGAAAACCGACCCGAAGAAGUUUAAUCUGGUCGACCCGGUGGAGAGGAACACAGUUGGGGUGCCGUCUGGCGGGUGGGCGGCUAUCAGAUUCCGCGCGGAUAAUCCAGGAGUAUGGUUUAUGCAUUGUCAUUUGGAGGUGCACACAACAUGGGGGCUAAAAAUGGCUUUCUUGGUUGACAAUGGGAAGGGCCCUAAUGAGUCAAUUUUGCCACCUCCUAAAGACUUGCCUACAUGUUGACUUUAAAUUUGACUUCUUCUGGCUUUUGACUUUUGAGUUUCAGCUGCAAAAAUGGGAGGGAGAUUUUUCAUGAGCAAACAAGAAAGAGAUAAGGGUGGGUCCCCCAAUAAUGUCUAUAGGAGAAAAAAAGAUAGUGUUUAUGUGUGUAUUGAGGUGAAAGUUUUAUUUGUUUCUCGAGUGAAUAAGAUUUUUUACUUGAGAUGAAGUCAACAAUUAUAUACAUAUAGUAUAAGAUUUUUAAUUUUUUUUUUUUCUUUUUGGAUUGAUUUGUGUAAACAUUGUGCAAGGUUUAUGCAAUAUGUUCAAUUACAAUAUUUUAUGAUAUUGGAAGCCUCCUUC